AACAUUUUCUUUCUCUUCCUCACUCCAUCAUGCUCGCCUCGAAAUUAUCACAAAAACUUGGCAAGGAAAAGGAAGCUAGCGACGGCGAGGAGGAGGAGGAAAUUGAGAUACCUUUGCAUGGGCUGUCCUCGGAUGACGACGACUCUUCAGACGAAGACGAGCCGGAGCCCACUCCAGUAGACGUGGAAAAACUUCCUACGAUUGCCAAGGACGACGCCAACGUGAAACGGCGACUAGAAAAAGCAAAGCGGUCGCCGUCAGACGACCGAGGCGUGCUAUACCUAGGCAGAAUACCCCACGGCUUUUACGAAGAACAGAUGAAGGCCUAUUUUUCGCAAUUUGGGAACGUCACUCGUAUACGUAUCUCGAGAAACAAAACGACGGGUCGUUCAAAACACUAUGGGUUCAUUGAAUUCGACUCUGCGUCUGUCGCGCAGAUCGUUGCGGAGACGAUGGACAACUACCUCCUUAUGGGCCAUAUCCUGCGGUGCAAGGUUAUACCCAAGGAAGAGGUGCAUCCUCAGCUAUGGGUAGGAAGUAAUCGCAAGUGGAGAGUGGUCCCUAUGGAUCGUGUAGUUCGAGUGGAUCAUAACAGGCCUCGUACUGUUGAGGAGCAACAAAAGGCGUCAAAACGGCUGCUGAAGAGGCAGAAUGAACGGAAACGCAAGCUCGAGGCGGCAGGUAUCCAGUAUGAUUUUGAUGCAGUGGCAUAUAAAAAACCGGUGAAGGGCUCAUAGUUCUACACGGUGUAUUGCGGCGACAGCAUAUAUGAUACAUUAUAACGAUACAGUUUUGAGAGCAACUACAGCA